AUGUCGUCUGCAUCACUUUAUACUUUGCCCAUCGAACUUGUUUGCCAUAUAUUUGGCAACCUCGAUAUACAAACCAUUCUUUUUUCAUUUCGCAAUGUGUGUAAACGAUUUUAUACAAUUGUGGAUACUUACAAUCGGUAUGAACUUGACUUAAGUUUAGUUUCGAAGAUUGAAUUUCAUCGUAUUUGUUGUAUUAUUCAUCCAGAAAAUGUAAUUUCACUUAUUCUUUCCAAUAAUGAUAUGACGCCAGGACAGAUUUGUUUAUUUAUAUCUCUUUUGAAUAUUAAUCAAUUCGUUCAUCUUCGUGCAUUAACUUUAAUUGAAAUCAAAAAGUUUGAAUUAAAUCUACUCAUGGAACAUAUUAACAUAAAUUCUUUAAGUGAGUUAUCGAUCAAUAUACGAAAACAUAAUUUUAACUCUAAAGGUAAAUCAAUGAUUCCCGUCUUAUCUAAUAUUGUCAUGGCUAAUCUUCGUAAACUUGAUUUAAGUAUGUGGAGUAAAGAAAUAAAUUGUAUAGUAUGGCCUAAACAAUGCACUUUACAAUAUCUCACUCUUGGUCAUUACGUAACACUCAAACAAGUUUGUGAAAUUCUUCAUCACUUAUCGCAUUUACGAACAUUAGUAUUGAGAAAUUGUAUUGUGAAUGAUACUGAUGCAAGUGUAAUGUCGUUUUCUCAUAUUCAAACAAGUACACAUUUAACUUCUCUGACAUUCAAGAAUAGUCGUUUACAAAUGAAUGAAUUGGAACUGUUACUUUUGCUAACACCUACUCUUGUUCAUCUUCAGCUGACAGGUACUGUUACUUUAUCUGAUAGUAUACUUGAUGGUUCGCGAUGGGAAGAGUUUAUUCAAAGAAAACUACCUUCAUUGAAAAAAUUCGAAUUUUUCUUUCGUGCUAAGACUGAUAUUAACCAUAAUUCUAUUGAUAUUGAAUCAUGGGUUAGUCCAUUUCGAACAACGUUUUGGCUCAAACAUAAAUCUUGGUUUGUAACUUGUAAUUUUAUCAUUAAAACGGGAACGAUUAGACUCUAUUCAGUACCAAUAUGUGAUCCUUGUAUUAUAUAUGAAUCGGACUUUGACAAAAUUGAAUGCACCACUUGCAUGACUAACGGCAAUGAUGCAUUAAUAAUGAAUAAUGUACGUGAACUUGAUUUAGAUUUAACAGUAAUGAUGGCAAGUAUGACAACACAAAAGAUUACACUACGAAAUCAUCAUUUAUUUCUCAAACUGACCGAUUUAACCCUUACCGUCAAUGGAGAAUGGCCUGUUGGUUCAAUUGAAUAUCUUUCGACUCUUAUUGACUUAACAAAUCUGACUACGUUGGGAUUAUACGUCAAUUUUGGUCAUUAUUCAGUAUCAAAUACAAUAAAUAACAUAGGCUGCUUACUUAAACAAACAUACAAUGUGCGUUCACUUACAUUAUCUAAUUCAGUUUAUCGUAGUAAUUUAAAUGGAACUGUUGAAAGUUUCUGUUCUAUUAUACCUCAUCAUGUGAAAUAUCUUGAAAUAUAUGACAUGGAUUUGGAUGAUAUAAAAAUACUUUUACAACAAGUGAAACACUUAUCAAGUGUUACAUUCGUAUUCUUAUUUGAUAUGCCCUUUAGUCCUAAUGAAAUCAUCGGAUGGCUCUCGCAAAGAAUAGAUUUCACAUAUUUACUAGAUAAUUGUUUUCUGUCUAUAUGGUUAGGAAACAAUAUUAAUGUACAGCCAAAUUGUUCACUGAACGCAAAAGCUUCAGACUAA